UCAGCUCGUUCCUCAACUAAUCGCAGUACUACCUGCGCAGUACAGUUGGCGUGAAAAUAACGCCAGACCUUCCAAAUAAUAAUAAACAAUAACGUGCAGACGGAGACAGAACAAGACGACUUGGAGGUGUCAGGUUUAACAUUUCUUUAAUUCGUGAUAUUUGAUUUUCAUUUCUACAACGUGAUGUAAUAUAUCUGAUUUUAUGAGCUACUGGGUGCUGUGUUAAUGGGAAUAAUUUCAAGAUGAGUUCUCUAUUCCGAUCAAUGCGAUCAUCUCUUGGUGGGCGGGACUUUGCAUUGAAAAAUAGUCUUGUUUCUAAAUUAUCUAGCAGUGUCAAAGAUCUUCAGGUUGAGCAAGCGGACCCAGACAGCAAAGAUGAAAAUUCAAUGGAAGCUCUCAGUUCAUUGUGCACUGCACUUGAGGCAAUUUUCAUUCAUGGAUUGAAAGAGUCAUUUAUUCAAAGGCUAUCCAUGAUGUCUGAAAUUGAUGUCCGACCUGAUCCAAACUUCUGGGGACCUUUGUUGGAAGUCUCUCACAGAGAUGUGAUAGAUGAGGUCCUAAAAUUAAACUUAAUUCAGACAGAUGUUGGUCGCUGUAGAGCAUGGUUACGCUUAGCACUAAACGAAGGUGUUUUAACAAGAUAUCUUGAAGCAAUGAGAACAGAAGGGCAACGUGCUUUGAGUCACUAUUACAGAAAAGGAGCUCUGCUGCGUGAUGUGGAAAUGUUAGACGUAGUUCAGCGAUAUUUGGAGGGCAUUGAAUCUUAUCCAUUUAACCUGCCCUUGAAUUCAAGCUUACUUGAUAAAUGGACCUUACAACCUUUGCUUCUAGCUGGCUUAUGGACUCCACCAAUUAGAUCUACAGCCACAAAAGAAGUAGUGGCUGUUGCAACUGAUGUAGCACAAAUACUGGAAAAUGAAGAACUGGAGGCAUCUCAAGCAGAUACCAUAUCAGUUGCAUCUUUUCAGAGCACUGGUACUGCAUUUAGUCCUAUGAUGACAUUCAAUGAGGAAGAGGCUUUAAAGAUAAUCCUAGGUACACCUGUCAAUGAUUCACCUAUUUCGGCAAGAGAACGUGCCGAGGAAUCUGCAACUGAUCAGAAGGUAUCUAAAAGACAGCCUGUGCUAGAAAACCAUGAAUGCCCCAAUACUACUGUUUCAGCGGAUAAAAAUGAUGAAUCUCAAAGUGAACAGAAGGGUGAGAAAAAGAAGACCGAUGAAAACAAUGAAAAUGAAGAUGAAGAUAACUCAUCCACAAUGGGAAAUUCACUCAUAGGGCGUCUGGGUUGGUCAUCAUCGUUUGAAGAAUCAAUGUCGGAUUCUGGAGCCAAUCAUAAAGAUGAGGAGAAUGACAACACAAGGAGAGAGCAAUCAAAAAAGACAGCAACAACUCGACAGAGUUAUCAUUCAUACCAUUCACUCCUGGAAAGUUACAACACUGGAUCAACAUCUGGUGGCAAUCCACCGGAUUUGAAUGAUUUGGUACAGCAAUUUGAACCUAGUAGUAGUACUAGUCCCAGUGGCUCUAUAAGUGAGCAAGUUGAUCUGUCAUACCCUAAAGAGCUUGGAUUUGAGAUAGUCGAUGACUCUCCAUCCUCAAAAAGUAAAGAAUUUGGAAGUCUUCUUCUUCAAGUCACAAAAUUGCCUCAGGAACUUGGGCUUGAUACCCAGAAGUACACAUGCUUUGAAUGUGGUCAACCCAUUGGUUUCAAUUUUGGGGCAGCCAGGCUUUGUGGCUUAAGUGGGCGCUACUUCUGUGAUGAAUGUACUGUUAAUCCAGGUGAAGAGUGGGCUAUACCAGCCCGUAUUUUAUUAAAUUGGGAUUAUCGGCGGUACUGUGUGUCAAAGAAAGCUGCAAUAUUCCUUUCUGAAGUUAAACAUCAUCCUAUUCUGGACUUAAAGUCACUCAACCCAUGCUUGUACCUCACUGUAGAAGAGGUUUCAGAACUGCAGAAACUGAGAAAUAAAUUGAAUCUGCUAAGGGCAUAUCUUUUUACAUGCCGAGAACCAGUAAUUGAGGAGCUCCAGAAAAUGGUUUGGCCAAGAGAUUAUCUUUAUGAACAUGUUCAUCUGUAUUCCAUCUCCGACCUUCUUCAAAUACCAACUGGAGUCCUAGCUCAGCUGUUGAAGCAGGUUGUCACUUUCGCUUGCAACCAUGUUUUUAGCUGUUGGCUCUGCUCACAAAAAGGUUUCUUCUGUGAGGUUUGCAACAAUCCCAAAAUUAUAUACCCUUUUGAUACUGAAAAUACAUUCAGGUGUCCAGGAUGUAGUGCUGUGUUCCAUUCCACUUGCUUGAAUGCAAAAAUGCCUUGCCCAAAAUGUAAGCGCCGCAAACAUAGGAUAACUUCUUUGCCGUCUGAAACUGAAACAGUGAUCGUAGCCUAAUGUCCUCUUUAAAAUAUCAAUGUAGAAUGUUAUUUUGAUUACCUGUGUAUUGAUUUAACUGCCAUAACCUGUAUGCUCAAAAAAUGUGAUAAUUUCUUUUGCAUUUUUUACCAUUAUUUUUGUUAUGUCUGUCUGAAUUUCACAGAUUUCAUUAACUGCACUUUGGUUGGUUGGAGGCAAAGUGUCUUAAUUAACUUAUAAUGAGAGGCGCAAGUCUGUCUUAAUGUUCUGUGAUUGACAUUGUUAUUGCUCUUUGUAAAGAAUUAUAUUUAUUUUGUGUUAUAAAUGGAUUUUUAGAUCAAAAUAGAUUUCAUAUUAUCGUA